AUGAGCCAAUUGAUCGUCAGGCCGGGGCGCAACGCCGCCCGUCAGGCCAAAAAACUCAAAGAGAUCCGCAAGGUCAAAAACGCAAUCCAAUGGCACGAGCGGGAACGCAAGAAGCGCCAGGGACUCAAACAGGACAAAUGGGAAAUCAAGCGAGCCAUCCUUGCGCGUAAAGGGUGGGAACAAGAGCGCAUCAAGGGUGUCAGGAAGCAAGCUCUGGCCAAUGCAAAAGAGGACUGGAAACUUGGUCCGUUGAGGCCAAAUCGCGCCGUCGGCCCAGAUGCUGAGAAAUACGGUGCCCUCACCGGCGGCCAGGUGCAGAAGCCUGAGAUACCUAUCGAGGCGCAGAAGAGCCGGAACGCUUUUAGGGAAAAGAAAGGCCUCGAGCUCGAGUACCCGCUGGUCGUGGACGAUAAGAAAUACUUUCCAAUUGUGAAGGGUGAUCGUGUCGUAAUUCUGAAAGGAAAAGAGGCGGGUAAGGUCGGUGUGGUACGAGAGACCAUAGAUCGAUCACACGACGUCGUUAUUAAGGGCAUGAACUUGCAAUACUUCGACACUAAUCUAUUUAGUAGUGCUGCCGAAGAGAUGGGGCCCAAGGUAGAGAACGAGGUGCCUAUGCCCUUGAGCAAUGUACGUCUCGUGGUACCAGCCGAGAUAGACCAGGGAGGCCAGAAGCGUUACGAGGACGUCGUGGUUGAGAAGAUCUACAUGGAGCGGCAUACAACCGGCAUUGAUCCAUACACCGGUACUGACUACGGGAACGACACAAUACCCGAAGCACACCAAUACGAUCCUCGAACUGGACUUCCCAUCUUCCAUCGAUACAUCGCAGGCACACGGCAACGACUGGAAUGGCCAUGGGAACGUGUGGAAGGAACUGAAGCUGUUGGUACCACAAAAGAAACAAGCAAAGACAAGAAAACAUUACUCAAAAAGGCCCUGGCCAAGGUGAGCCAGCCGUUCACGAGCUUGAGUCGUUGGCGGAGCAAGAACAAGGAGGACCAAGCUCAACAAGACGCAACGAAUAGCAGGAGCCCAGUCGACCUCGAGGCAAAAUUCGCCGAGAUUCAAAGGCAAGAGCAGGAACGAUUCAAGACCGCCGCUCCAAUAAGCAUAGACCCUGAGCUUCCUUCGGCCUAUGAUGUGGACACAAGACGAAACAUUGUCGAAGGUUCGCAGUCCAUGGCUUACACGCUCGUUGCGCCACCUUUCCCCGACACCAUUGCAGAAGAACUCCGUAGCGAUAUCCACGAGUUCUCCAUCAAAGCGAAGAAAGACAGGGACCCCGAAAUACCGCGUCCUAUCAAGGUUGCGCAACACUCCGAACAGGGUGUGGUCGCGCGAGAAAUUGCAAAGCAAAAGCACAGAGCGGCGCAGGCAAUGAAGACGCCCAUGCAAUUGAGGUGGGAGCUUGAGCAUCAGAAGAAGGUGCAGAGCCAGAAGGAGAAGCCGCUUGUCGACCAGGAGAGCUUGCUGGCGGCAUUAGGUCAGCACAUGCAGAAGAGUGCUACGAAGCCGUAUCUGGGCAAGAAGCAGAUUCCCAGUCAAACAGCCGACCUCGACUAG